AUGCUUCCACGAUUAGUACAAGUUGCAGAACUUCAAGGAAAUAUACUGGCAUCAUGUAGCAGUGAUAAAACUAUCAGAUUAUGGGCAUUACAAAAACAACACGGAGAAAAAAAUAAUGAUGAUGAUUUAUCACAUUGGACAUGUGUUAAUGUGUUGGAAGGUGUUCAUAAUAGGACAAUAAGAAGCGUUAGUUGGAGUCCUAAUGGUAAACAAUUAGCAGCUGCUAGUUUUGAUUCUAAAACUACUAUUUGGGAAAAAGAUGAAGAAACUGGAGAGUUUGAGAAUGUUGCAACUUUAGAAGGUCAUGAAAAUGAAACUAAAUCAGUUGCAUGGUCUUUAACAGGAACAUUAAUUGCUACUUGUGGUCGUGAUAAGAGCGUUUGGAUAUGGGAAGCUUCUGAUAAUGAUUUUGAGUGUUUAAGCGUUUUGCAAGAACAUACACAAGAUGUUAAAAUGGUUGUAUGGCAUCCUACACAAGAAGUAUUGGCAUCAGCAAGUUAUGAUGAUACAAUUAAAAUAUGGAAAGAGGAUGACGAUGAUUGGUGUUGUGCUGACACAUUAAAAGGUCAUGAAAGUACAGUUUGGGGUCUUGAUUUUGAUAAAUCUGGUGACUUUUUAGGUAAAUCAAUAAAAAAAUUCAAGU